ACGAGGGUCGAAACGCAGCGCGCCUAUUGGCAGAGAGCACCGGUGAUUGACGUGAGCAGGCCCCGCCCCUCUUCUGCCCUGGUUAUUGGCACUUUAACGAAUCCCGGCCACUGCCUCGGUGUCCGUGCGCGUUGACAGACCGAUGAGACUGUUUUAAAUAGACUGUCGCUUCGUUUUCAGCGUCUUUGUCACAUCGGCAGUUUUAAUUACUCACUGAAGUGGACUAUUCGGACUCAAGGAAUGCUAGAUUAAGUGCUGUUGCAAGUGCACUUCUGGUGAACUUCUCUUUCUCGGCCAAUCUGUCUUCUCGGUUUGUAACCAUGGCUGAGAAACGACGGUCCCCGUGUACUAUGAGCCUCAAAGCGCACGCAUUUUCGGUAGAAGCGCUUAUUGGCACGGAGAAAAAAAGAAAGCUGGAGGAGGACAACGAAAAUUGUUUUGAGGAGGUAAACGAGGAGUCGAGCCUGACAGAAAGUCCGCAACCCCAGACUAGGAGAACUUGUCCCAGCACCAGGAGUUGCGAGAUAGACUGCGUAAGCGACGAAUCCCCUGAGUCUGAGGACGUGUUGUUGGAUAGCCCACAACCUGCGCAGCUCCUCGCGCAAUCGGGCACGAGCUCCGGAGAGGAGAUGCGCGUGGAUUUGCAGGGCUCAGACUUAUGGAAGCGAUUCCACGAGAUAGGAACUGAAAUGAUCAUCACCAAAGCCGGCAGGCGAAUGUUUCCCGCGAUGAGGGUUAAGAUUGUGGGACUGGAUCCUCAUCAACAGUAUUAUAUUGCUAUGGAUAUUGUUCCUGUCGACAACAAACGGUACAGGUACGUGUAUCAUAGCUCGAAGUGGAUGGUAGCGGGUAACGCCGACUCUCCUGUCCCUCCACGCGUCUACAUCCAUCCGGAUUCGCCUGCUUCCGGUGAGACGUGGAUGCGCCAGGUUAUAAGCUUCGACAAACUCAAACUGACCAAUAACGAGCUCGACGACCAAGGCCAUAUCAUUCUGCACUCCAUGCACAAGUACCAGCCCCGUGUCCACGUCAUCCGUAAGGAGUGCGGUGAAGAACUCUCGCCGGUUAAGGCGGUUCCCACUGGGGACGGUGUCAAAGCAUUCUCUUUCCCCGAAACUGUCUUCACAACGGUGACUGCAUACCAAAACCAACAGAUAACAAGACUGAAGAUCGACAGGAAUCCAUUUGCAAAAGGAUUCAGAGACUCAGGAAGAAAUAGGAUGGGACUAGAGGCUCUGGUUGAGUCGUAUGCGUUCUGGCGGCCCUCACUGAGAACUCUGACAUUUGAGGAAUUCCCUGGAAUCACUAAACAAGGUGCAGCUGGUUCUCACGGUGUUGUUGGGUCUUCAGCACACACACAUCUGCUGUCCUCGUCCUCAUGCUCUUCCCCUACAUUCCACCUGGGUUCCGGGGCAGGGCCAGUGUGCGAUUACUCCACCUGCAGUCGAACAAGCCACCCUCUCCACCGCUACGCCCCUCCCCUCUCCGCAGACUCCUACAGUCGACUGGCCAGCCCUACAGCAGAUGCCUUUUCAACUAAUCGGAGCUCUACGUAUAUGAGCGGGACCGAAGGUGAAGCGUUCUCGUGCACACAGAGUGGCCUGCCAAUCCAGAUCCACAGCAUGCCAAGCACAACCUCCCAGCUGCAGUACCUCAUGCCCAGCCAUACCCAUAAUGCGUUUUCCACCAACCAAAGCACACAGGGAUCCUAUAAUGGGUUCCGCCUGCACAGCCCUUAUGGCCUCUAUGGUUACAACUUCUCCACUUCUCCCCGCUUGGCCACCAGCCCUGAAAAGGCAGCCGCCACGCAAAGUUCAUUCCUUGGCUCCUCCCCUAGCGGGACGCUGACGGACAGGCAGGUUCUAUCCACUGUGGACGGUCUGCACAUGCUCAGUAGUGGUCAACAGAAUCUUUUUGACUCACGGACUUUGGGGCUGACAAGCUCCACCUCCCAGGUGACAGCCCACAUGUCUUGACCUGUGACCCAAAAACUUUGACGGACUACCAAACUCAGCUAAGAAUGUUUUCUUUGA